AUGAGUUCACCGAGCACGUUGUUUGUCGGCGGCGUUCGUGCGCGACUGUGGCGCGCACCACAGCCGCGUGCUGCCAUUUUGUUUAUUUGUGGGAAUCCUGGUGUGACAUCGUACUAUACCGAGUACCUCACCCAGCUGUACGACGCCCUGCAUGGCCAGUGCACGAUCCUGUGCAAAGGUUCGCUCGGCAUUGACGAGACAGGCCCUGAGGCGCCACCACCGACCGGCGUGUGGCCGUUUAGAUACUAUGGACUAGAGGACCAAAUUGCAUCGCAGAGCAGGGCGCUGGACACGCUGCGGGAUCUCGUGCCUCCAUCCACGCCCCUAUUUGUCCAAGGCCACAGCCUGGGCGCAUUCAUGGCACUGCAGCUUUUGAAUAUGCAUGCCGACAAAAUUCAUGCCAUGUAUCUUUUAUUUCCCGCGAUAUGCCACAUUGCUCAAGCGCCCCAGGCACGCAUUACACGCACCUUUCUGUUCAUGCCCGUCUUUGCGCUGGUCCAUAUGAUGUGCUGGAUCCUAUCGCGCAUUCCACGUUCGUGGCUCUAUUGGAUCAUUGGGCACACGUCGUUGCGGUACAGUCCUGAUGCUACGGCCGACUUGGUGGCCCGCCCGUACGCCGUUGCGACAGCGGUAUACAUGUUCCACGACGAGCUCCGCAUGAUUAAGGACAUACCGACACAUGUAGCAGAGCGGGCUAAAGACAAAAUUGUUCGCAGCUACUGGGGACAGGGCGACUCAGACUCAUGGUCCACGUCAUUCCACAGGCGACACGCGGAAUCGGCUCUCCAUCUUGACCGAUGGCAGAACGUGAUCCAUACAGCACCCCCCUCGAAGCAUACCUCGACUGAGUGUCAAGACGCGCUACCCCAUGCAUUUUGUCUUCGCCACAGCGAAGCCAUCGCGCGCAUUACGUCACGCUGGGUGCAAGCGGAUGGGCCAGGCCCGCAUGGGCCGCUAGGUUGA